UCGUGUACCCGACACACCGAAGGGAAGUCCCGGGGCCUCUGCCACCGAGUCCGAGUGACCCCGCCCCCUGCAUUCUGGAAGAGGCCACCAUGGGACGCCCCCCACCCUGUGCAACUCAGACGUGGAUCCUUCUGUUUCUGCUAAUGGGAGCAUGGGCAGGACUCACCAGAGCUCAGGGUUCCAAGGUCCUGGAGGGUCAGGAGUGUAAACCCCACUCCCAGCCGUGGCAGACAGCCUUGUUCCAGGGCGAGCAACUAGUCUGCGGGGGUGUCCUGAUAGGAGACAAAUGGGUCCUUACUGCCGCCCACUGCAAAAAAGAGAAGUACACGGUGCGCCUGGGCGAUCACAGCCUGCAGAGACGAGAUGCACCGGAACAGGAGAUGCAGGUGGCUCAGUCUAUCCAGCAUCCUUGCUUCAACAGUAGCAACCCAGAGGACCACAGUCACGAUAUAAUGCUCAUUCGAAUGCAGAACGCAGCAAACCUCAGCGACAAAGUGAAGCCCAUCAGACUGCCCAAUCAGUGUACCAAAGUCGGCCAGAAGUGCACCAUAUCAGGCUGGGGCACCGUCACCAGCCCUCGAGAGAACUUUCCAGACACCCUCAACUGUGCAGAAGUGAAAAUCUUUUCCCAGAACAAGUGCGAGCGAGCCUACCCAGGGAAGGUCAAUGAGGGGAUGAUCUGUGCCGGCAACAGCAACGGGGCUGACACCUGCCAGGGUGACUCAGGGGGUCCUCUAGUGUGCAACAGAGUGCUCCAGGGCAUCACAUCAUGGGGCUCAGACCCCUGUGGAAAGCCUGAGAAACCCGGUGUCUACGCCAAAAUCUGCCGUUACAUCGACUGGAUCAGGAAGACCAUGGACAGCAGGAACUGAUGCUGGUGGUAGGGGUGUCAAUAAAGACCACCUUUGGCUGACUCUUUGACUGUGUUUUG